GCCGUACGGCCUGUCGCAAAGAGCAUGGCGGCGCCCGUGUACCCGGCCUGGGUGGGCCGCUGGAUCUCCGGGCAGUGGCGGCAGAGGAAGCGGCCCCCGGCUGUCCGCCCCACCCGGCCGCUGGUGCUGGCCAACAAGGUGGCGAACCGUCGAGAGUUGGCGGGAGAGGCGACCUGUCUUACAGAGAUGUCAGUAAUGAUGGCCUGCUGGAAACAGAAUGACUUCAAUGAUAAAUCUUGUGCUGAGGAGAUCCGGGCGUUCUAUGACUGCGUGGCAAAGGCAGAAAAGGAGCGCAAGGAAAAAAAGGACGAGUACGCUCUGUCACUCAAAGGAAACAUACCUUCAAGCAAAGUGAACAGGCUGCUGAGGAGGUUUCCUAAUAUUACACGUUAUGUGUAAUGUGCUUUGCUAAAGGGACUGCGGACAAGCAGUUAAAGUUGGGGUUUUGGGAAAAUAAAUGAAAAAAUGGUUGUAUGAAUGUUUAAUGUCAAGUGAUGUCUGUCAACACUGCUGGGUGGAUCUUGACUUCAUAUUUUAUUUCCAGUGUGGAAAAAAAAAUCCCAUCUUGAUUAUCAGCUGAGUUUGUUCAUGAGGUUCUGGGAUCUUGUGCUCUUAGGAUUUUUGCAGUGAGUUGUCCGACCAGCCACUGUGUGGAGUAAUGUACUCACUGUGAAAUAAAACCUUCUAGGAAUGUGUGUAAACCUAUUCUCUAAGCUAAGGGUGACUUUUCUUUGGUUUAUAAUCUUCCUGCUUAACUUAUGAGCUGCUGUCAAUAAGUGUUCGGGCCCAGACGCUGAGCCAACUUAAAAUUGAUAGUAAUUUAAUGACUUGUACUCUUGCAUUUAUGUAUACACAGUUUGGUUCCUCUUGAAGUUUUUUAAAUUCUUGUUCAUGUGCAAGAAGGCUGUGGAAUGAGGAAGAAAUUUCCAGCAAAAUGCUUUGGUAAUACACAAUGCAUUGGUAACGGCUUUAGACCCCCUGGUUUGCAGGUGAGAAAAGCAUGGUGUCGUGGCAGAUCAAUUAGGUUGCCUGUACGAUAACAAAAUGAUGCAAGACUGUU